UGUACGGUACGUAAUGUACCUGGCAUUUAUGAAGAGCUAGGCUACAUUACAUUAAAUUUCCGCCGCUACAGGAGAUAGCUUAUGGCUGAAGCGGGAUUUCCUUAACAUCACUUCUAAGUUGCACAUAUUGUGGUCUUUUUGUCGAGUUGAGUUGAUCAAAAUGAUCUACUCAAAAAUCGUGUUUGGAUUGAAGCAUCAUCAAAAGCUCUACGAUUGCCAAGGCUUUAUGGAGCUCGUCGACUCGCUACGCAUUAUUAUUUCCGAACAUGACGGCUCCAUUGAUGACUGUGAAAGACCUGGAUUGCAUUACCACGGUAUUAUUGAACAUGAAAUAAAUACUAAUGGGGACCAUAGUGAUGCUAUAUUAGUGUUGAAAACAUACUGUGCAUAUUUUAAAAUAGAGAAAUGUAGUUUUCCCAAGCAGUAUAUAGCAUAUUUGGCAGAAUCGCCCAAAAAAGUGAUGAUAGACGGAAGAAACUCUGUUAAUUUAAGAACUUUCUACUCUGAAGCACCUGUUCAAAAAAUUCGAUUAGAAACUAACCAUUAUCAGAAGGAAGAAUCCGAAAGAAAAAAUUUUCAGUUAAUUUUAAGUAAGUGUGAAUGGAACAGAAUUUUUGAUCCUGCAGAAAUGUGGAAGCAAAUCGAAAAAGACUAUUAUUGGUUGUCACCCGACCAACUGAAAAGAUUAGUGACUGAUACAAUACCUCUUGUGCAACAAAAGAUAUUGGAUCAGUCAGUGUUAGAAUUAUGCUGCAAGAUUUCAAAAGCUUCCGAAUUUUAUCAUACAGUUGAAGAAAGCAUUGAUCUGAUUCUGGAAUGGUGUAGGCAUCAAAACAUAGAUGUGAAAGCAUUUACUACGGACUUAGUAAAAUGCUUAGACAAACGGAUUGCUCGCAAAAACUCUUUCUAUGUACAAGGUUCGGCUGAAUCUGGAAUAUUUUCCAUAAUUUAUUCAAUUACAGAAGCUUGCAGUUUUAUUGGAAAAAUUGAGGAGGAAACUACAGGAUACACUUACGUCUGGGAAGAUUGUUUGGAUAAGCGUUGCAUAAUUAUGCGAGAUCCCAUUUUUGACAAAAAUAUGUUUGAAGAGUUGGAGCGAAUUUUAAAAGGCAUUGGAACUUUUGUUCCUUGUAGACAGAAUAUUCUAAAAUAUCUCCGGCCUACACCUGUCAUUAUCAUAUGUUGCAGAGAUAAUAGGGAAAACGACUUGUAUCUGCAACGCCUUCAGAAUAGUUUCCUCCAAAGUUAUGUGAAUUUGAAGCCUUUUUUAAAAUUACAUAGUGAUCCUCGGCGGCUGCAUCCAUUGUGGCUAUAUACAAUGUAUAUGAAUUUCAAUGGUUAUAUAUUUGAUACUACUGUUAAUUAUUUUGAAGAUAUUGUAAGAAAACCUAUGGACUAUGAUUCAUCUUGUGAAUCAAGCUAUGAAGAUGAAUUAAAUAAUCUUGAUGCUUCCGAAUCCAGUUCGUCUUUGUUAUGUUCCGUCAAAUCGAAGAAGGAAGCUAAUUUUUAGCUCCAUUUGGCGAACUGCACAGCUGAAGAUAUAAUCACUUGGACCAGAAAUAAGAAAAGUCAAGUCACCUGUGAACUUCAAAGAAAAUCGAUGGUCUUGAACAUUUAUAUUAUGAAAGAAGUCAAGUCACCUGUGAACUUCAAAGAAAAUCGAUGGUCUUGAACAUUUAUAUUAUGAAAGAAGUCAAGUCACCUGUGAACUUCAAAGAAAAUCGAUGGUCUUGAACAUUUAUAUUAUGAAAGAAGUCAAGUCACCUGUGAACUUCAAAGAAAAUCGAUGGUCUUGAACAUUUAUAUUAUGAAAGAAUGUGGAUUUCUAUGUGUAUAACUAAAUUGUAUGUGAAGUAUCGAAAUGUCGGUGCUGUUGUAAUAACAUGUAAAAGGAAUAAAAGAAUUAUUUGAAAAUAUGUGAUUAUUUUUCAUGCUGGUACUGGUACAAAUUUCUUUUAAAUACUGAAAUAAAAGAUUUUGAAAAACA